AUGGGUAAUAAACACAGUGCUUCAAGUUCUUCCAGAAAUGAUAACAAUGACCAUCUCCAACAACAACGAAUUAAAUCUAAAUAUUCAGUGAUUGAACCGGAUGAUUCUAUUAAAGUCAGGCAAAUGUUUUCCUACGAUAGACAGUCAUUUGAAUUGAAGCCUUUAGAGAUUUCCGGUCCUUUCUAUGAAGAUUCAUUGAAUAGAUUGAUGGUCAUUCCGAAUUUCUUUUCCGAUGAUGAAUGCAGAGAUUUGAUUAAAAAGUGUUCCAAUUUUCAAUCUCUUGAAGAUGAAUAUCCAAAGGAACACAGAAAUGCCAUGAGAGAACUGGUUACAGAUAACAAGUUGGCCGAUUUGAUAUUUAAUAGACUAAAGAACAAGAUUGAUCUAGAUCAGAUUGGAAAAUCAAUUGCCCCGUAUGGGUUGGACAGCAGAGGAAGAUGGGUAGCUUGUGGAGUUAAUGAAUGUAUGAGAUUUAGCAAGUAUGAAAAGGGAGAAUAUUUCAAAAUUCAUACCGACGGUCAGUUUAGAAGAAGUGAAAAUGAGAGAAGUAUUUACACAUUACUGAUCUAUUUGAAUCAGGAUUUCAAUGGUGGAGAAACCAAAUUCUUCUCUGAUCCAAACGACGAUACUUUCAACCUUCAUCAUACUUUGAAACCUUCAGUUGGUAAAUUGGCUCUAUUUAAUCAAGAUUUUUAUCAUGAAGGAUGUUCUGUAAUUAGUGGAAUCAAGUAUAUUUUAAGAACUGAAAUUAUGUAUCUCAGAGUGGAUAAUAAUUCAAUUCCAAGAGAUAACAAUUUUGAACAAUCAGAAACUUACCAACAAAUUGGGCAAGCUUUUAAGGAAAGUGAAACUCUUGAAAAGAGUGGGGAUGUUUAUGGAUCUUCAGAAAAGUAUUUUGCUGGGCAGAGGCUGCUUGUGAAGAGUGGUAAAACCUUUGAAUAUUUGUUAAAUAGGCAAUACUGUAUAUUGGAAGGUCCAGUUGAAAACGACAAGAAUGAUAAUCUGACAGUUCUACCAGAGGAGAUUAUUUUAAACAUAUUCACUUUUCUUUCAGAGAGUGAAAUAUGUUCUGUUGGUUUGCAAUUGAGUAGAUAUUUGAAUCAUCUUGCAAGAUCGCCCAUUUUAUGGAAAGCAGUGUACAAGAAAUAUUGGAAUGGAAAUACCUAUCUUAAAUUAUGUGAAAAAGAACCACUCACAGAUUGGUAUCAUGCUGCUAGAGUUAGAAAUUUCACUGAACGCAAUUUUAAACCUAUCUGUAUUGAUAUAACCAGUGAGGUUGCAACUUUUGGAUUUUUCAGUGAUGAAACUCCAAAAACGACUGAGCCCUAUGUGGGUAGAUAUACAGGAGGCCAGUAA